AUUCGAUGGAAUUAUAAAUCAAGUUAAUCGUUUGUCAAACGACGGUGAAAAAUGUAAUUCAGUGUGAAGCGUUGAAGGGCAGCGAUGCGUGGUCGGUGCUGGUGCUGCUACUGAGUGCCACAUCGGUUCAUUUGUUUCAACCAUCAAGAAAUCACUGGAAUUUCCACAUUCAAAAUGGCCAAAGUCUUUGAGAAAUUUUCAACAGGAUACAACACACUCUUCAAUGAUCUCGCAGAUCCACGAGUGAAAGACUGGACCCUGAUGUCGGACCCAGGCAUAGUGCUGCUCGUAACAAUCGGCUACAUCUAUGUGGUGGUGUCACUCGGGCCUCGCUACAUGCACAAUAGGAAGGCGUUCGAUCUGAGGAAAAUCAUCAUUGGAUACAACACGUUCCAAGUGAUCGCCAACAGCCUCAUAUUCUAUAAAAUAUUAUCUUCGGGAUGGACAACGACACUGUCACUGGGAUGUGAACCUGUUGACUACUCGGAUGAUCCCAACGCUGUUAGUCUAGUCGAAGGAUUCUGGUGGUGUUUCAUGUUGAAAAGUGUGGAGCUCAUAGAAACUGUAUUUUUCAUCCUGAGGAAGAAGCAGAACCAAGUAUCAUUCCUACACGUAUAUCAUCAUGCUUCAACGCUUCUCUUUGUUUGGGUUGCCACUAAGUACGUUGGAGGUGGUAUGACAACAUUUUGUGUGUUGGUGAACUCCAUCAUUCACGUUGUAAUGUACACCUACUACCUUCUGGCAGCUCUGGGCAACCAAGCAAUACAGAAAACAAUUUCAAAGUGGAAGAAAUACCUUACAACAGCACAAAUGGUGCAGUUUGUCAUAGUUAUCGCUCAUCAGAUGCAAGCUCUUUCACCAAAAUGUCAAAUAGCUAAAGGACUUCUUCUCCUUUUCAUUCCAAACGUUUUGCUAGUUUUUGUACUGUUCUACGACUUCUACAGAAAAGCUUACAAGAAGAAGACAAAGUAGACUUUUGUCCACCUUUGAAAAAGUGCAUUUGACUGUAUAGAGUAAGCUGAAGUACAAUCCAUUUAACUUGGCAGUGUGUACAAUACAAAUUUACGUGCAAUCUCCAAACUGGAGUUACCGUAAUUGGUUGUGAUUAUCUAUUUAUGCUGAUUCUGGAUUACAAAAUCCUGGAUUAAAUUCAGCUGAAUCUGCUGAUCCUAUUAUAAUGUAAUCUCGGCGGUCUAACCCAGCAAAAGACAAUCAGAACAAUGUGGUACUGAUAAUGGAAUAAUUAAUAAUCUGUAAAUAGAAAGCAUACGUUUUAUAUACUUUCUAAGGUUUCAACAUUUAUUAUUUGAAGAUCAUUUAUUUGAAGAUUCCAAUAAUACUACAUACUUUUACUCAAAAUUAAUUUAUACAGUUACGAGCUUAUUUUUGUUUCAAUAACAAUCUACAUACUUUAACUAAAUCAUUGUGUACGAAUGUAUUGACAAUAAUGGAAACUAUGACACAUUUAUUACAAAGUUUCUAGGAGCUGUAUCUAUUAUAUAUCUAUAAUAUGUAUAUUAUAUAUAUAAUAAAUAUAUUUUGUAAAUAAAUAUGGUUGCAAGAAUAUUUGCAUUUUCUUAGCAGUUAUUUGAGACACUACCAAGAGCAUAGCUUUCUACAAAAUUUGAAUUUGAAAAUGUAAAAUACGAUAAUUCUAAAAUAAUUACAAUUAUUUGAGAGUUAUAUUUCUUCAGGAACUAUUAAAUAAUAAACCUAUAGGUCUAAAGACGA